CAGCCAACAGGAGUAAAAGUAAGUUGGGUCUCCUACGGAGCCUCUGCCAACACAGUACGCGCUCAGAUUUGCCAUCUUAGGAACGGAAGAAGGGGGCGGAGGCCCUCUGAGGCUUUUGUGCCGAGUGGGCCGGCCUGCAAGGCUGGCACUCCACAGACGCGGGCAGAACCGCGGUGGAGGGAAGCUCGGGGGGCCGCGGCCGAGCGCCGGGGUGGUUGGCGGACACCGACUUGGCAGCAGCGCCCGCACGUGAGCGUUACUCCGCGUCCGCCCGAAGAUUUCAUCCUGAUGGCUGCCUCAAGACCACUCACUGCCCUGGAUGGGGAUCCCAUGGCUGUGGAGGCCUUGCUCCGGGAUGUGUUUGGGAUUGUCCUAGAUGAGGCCGUUCACAAAGGGACCAGUGCCUCCGAGAAGGUCUGUGAAUGGAAGGAGCCUGAAGAGCUGAAGCAGCUGCUGGAUUUGGAGCUGCAGAGCCAGGGCGAGUCUCGGGAACAGAUCCUGGAGCGCUGCCGGGCCGUGAUUCGCUACAGUGUCAAGACUGGUCACCCCCGGUUCUUCAACCAGCUCUUCUCAGGGUUAGAUCCCCAUGCUCUGGCUGGCCGCAUCAUCACAGAAACCCUCAACACCAGCCAGUACACAUAUGAGAUUGCCCCGGUGUUUGUUCUCAUGGAAGAGGAGGUGCUGAAGAAACUCCGUGCCCUGGUGGGCUGGAACUCUGGGGAUGGGGUCUUCUGUCCUGGCGGCUCCAUCUCGAACAUGUAUGCCAUGAACCUGGCCCGCUAUCAGCGCUACCCAGACUGCAAGCAGAGAGGCCUCCGGGCACUGCCACCCUUGGCCCUCUUCACAUCAAAGGAGUGCCACUACUCCAUCAGUAAGGGAGCUGCUUUUCUGGGACUUGGCACUGACAGUGUCCGAGUGGUCAAGGCUGAUGAGAGAGGGAAAAUGAUCCCUGAGGAUCUGGAGAGGCAGAUUAGUCUGGCCGAGGCUGAGGGCUCUGUGCCGUUUCUGGUCAGUGCCACCUCUGGUACCACCGUGCUGGGGGCCUUUGACCCUCUGGAUGCAAUUGCCGAUGUUUGCCAGCGUCACGGAUUAUGGUUACAUGUGGAUGCUGCCUGGGGUGGGAGCGUCCUGCUGUCCCGGACACACAGGCAUCUCCUGGAUGGAAUCCAGAGGGCUGACUCCGUGGCCUGGAACCCUCACAAGCUUCUCGGUGCAGGGCUGCAAUGCUCCGCUCUUCUUCUCCGGGACACCUCGAACCUGCUCAAGCGCUGCCAUGGGUCCCAGGCCAGCUACCUCUUCCAGCAGGACAAGUUCUACGAUGUGGCUCUGGACACUGGAGACAAGGUGGUGCAGUGUGGCCGCCGCGUGGACUGUCUGAAGCUGUGGCUCAUGUGGAAGGCACAGGGCGGGCAAGGGCUGGAACAGCGCAUCGACCAGGCCUUUGCUCUCACCCGGUACCUGGUGGAGGAGAUAAAAAAGCGUGAAGGAUUUGAGUUGGUCAUGGAGCCUGAGUUUGUCAAUGUGUGCUUCUGGUUUGUGCCUCCCAGUCUGCGGGGGAAGAAGGAGAGCCCAGAUUACAGCCAGAGGCUGUCUCAGGUGGCGCCUGUGCUCAAGGAGCGCAUGGUGAAGAAGGGCUCCAUGAUGAUUGGCUACCAGCCCCAUGGGACCCGGGCCAACUUCUUCCGAAUGGUGGUGGCCAACCCCAUACUGGUCCAGGCUGAUAUAGACUUCCUUCUGUGCGAGCUGGAGCGUCUAGGCCAGAACCUGUGAACUGCUCCCUCUCUCCGCCUCACCCAAGCUCUGCAUAGCCUCCUGGGUUCUCAGAAGCAACCUUUCUAGGACACUGUGGCCCUGACUGUGUGUGCUUCCUCACACUAGCUCUCUUAGCUAAGUAUUUGCUAUUAGGAGGGUGCUUAAAUAUACUACAGUAUGUUUUUAUGAAAUAUGCUUUCAUUAAGCUGGGUGUGGUGGCGAAUGCUUUUAAUCCCAGUACUUGAGAGGCAGAGACAGGAAGAUCUCUGAGUUCAAGUCCACCCUGGUCUACAGGGUGAGUUCCAAGACAGCCAGGGCUGCACAGAGAAAGCCUUGUCUCAAAAAAACAACAAAAGAAAUAUUCUCUCAUUAAAUUUAUGUUUACAAAGAAUUUUUAUUAAUAUGAGGGAAGUGGUAUGAUAUUUUGAAAAAGUUGGAUAUGGGUUUAUAUAAUUGUGGUAUCUGAGUUAUGCUAAAAAAAAAUACAUAGGAAAAGGCUGAUGAAUAACUGUGGCGAAGGUUAGCAUAUUUCCCUGGAAUGGGAUAAUAGGCAGUUUCUAAAUCAAACCUCUUGGACCUUUUGUGCUUCCCCAUUUUAUUAUGCAACAAAUAUUACAUACUUUUCAAAUAGGACAAUAAAGCUGAAGUUUCAAUUA